CCGGGACGCUGCCGGUGAUGGAGGGACGAAGGUGAAGUGAUCAGCGCGAGCCCCGAGAACAGGUGACCCCGGCUGCUGAUGUCACUCAGGAGGGGGGGCACCAUGCUCAGAGUGGGGGGGUAUCGUGUCCUGCAGUCAGGACGAAGUGUCUGCUCCACUGCGUUCAUCAGGAGGAUCGCUCCAUCCGCUCACACCUGUGGUCUCAGGUCACCUGUGCGCUCGGUGUCCGGUGGUCGAGAUACUGCAACCGGUUGGUACGGCAGCGCGGUCGACUCUGCGCCGGUUCACCUGGCCGAAGACUUCCUGGUUCACCUGCAGCAAGUGAGCGGUCUGCCGUGGUGGCUGAGCAUCGCGGCCGGCACGCUGUCCGUCAGGACGCUCGUCACUCUGCCGCUCGCAGCAUACCAGAUGGUCAUCAUCUCCAAGGUGGAGACGCUGCAGUCGGAGAUCUCAGAGCUGGCGAAGAGACUCCGAUACGAAGUGUCAGUCCGAGCGCGAGAGAAAGGCUGGACCGAGAAGCAGAGCCGGUUCCAGUUCCAGAAGAACCUGCGCCGCAUCGUGUCCCAGCUCUACAUCAGAGAGAACUGCCACCCGGUCAAAGCCAGUCUGCUGGUCUGGGUCCAGCUGCCCCUCUGGAUCAGCAUCUCACUGGCCCUCCGGAACCUGAGUCUGGAUCAGUCUGGUCUUGCAUCAGGAGGCGUUUUGUGGUUUUCGGACCUCAGUGAACCAGAUUCUACCUGGAUCCUCCCGAUCUGCCUGGGCCUCACCAACCUGGUCCUGGUGGAGGUGUUUUCUCUGCAGAGGGUGAAUCCGUCUCGUCUUCAGAACAUCAUGACGAACGUCAUCAGAGGAUUUUCAGUGCUGAUGAUUCCCAUCGCUGCCUCCGUCCCCUCGUCCAUGGCCCUUUACUGGUUCUGUUCCAGUCUGGUUGGACUCGGUCACAAUUUGCUGCUUCGAGCUUCGUUUCUUCACAGAAUCCUGAAACUGAAGAAUCAACGAUCUGAGACUCCGUAUAAAGAUCUGCUGAAUGGCUUCCUGUCCAAGUACUGCAAAUAGUACUACAUAGUACUGCAAAUAGUACUACAUAGUACUGCAAAUAGUACUACACAGUACUGCAAAUAGUACUACACAGUACUGCAAAUAGUACUACAUAGUACUGCAAAUAGUACUACACAGUACUGCAAAUAGUACUACAUAGUACUGCAAAUAGUACUACACAGUACUGCAAAUAGUACUAUACAGUACUGCAAAUAGUACUACACGGUACUGCAAAUAGUACACAUAGUACUACACGUAGUACACACAGUACUACACACAGUACUACACACAGUACACACAGUACUACACACAGUACUACACAUAGUACACACAGUACUACACACAGUACUACACAUAGUACACACAGUACUACACACAGUACUACACACAGUACACACAGUACUACACACAGUACACACAGUACUACACAGUACUGCAAAUAGUACUACAAAGUACUGCAAAUAGUACACACAUAGUACACACAUAGUACACACAAUACACAUAGUACUGCAAAUAGUACAACACAGUACUACACACAGUACUACACACAGUACUACACACAGUACUACACACAGUACACACAGUACUACACACAGUACUACACACAGUACUACACACAGUACUACACACAGUACUACACACAGUACACACAGUACUACACACAGUACUACACACAGUACUACAGGAAGCUUAAUGUCUCUGCAGCCAAUCAGAGAUUAUUGAUAAUCAAUAUUAAGGAUUAAAUCAUUUAAAUGGUUUCCAUGACAACUGAGCCGAUUGGAGCCACUGAUGAAAACCAUGAGGGAAAAACAGGAAGUGAACUUUGAGUUGAGAACACACACCACACACACACACCCCCACACACACACACACACACACACACACACACACAGUAUAAACACACACACAGUAUAAACACACACACAGUAUAAACACACACACACACACACACACAGUAUAAACACACACACACACACACACACACACACACAGUAUAAACACACACACAGUAUAAACACACACACACACAGUAUAACACACACACACACACACGCUCUGAAUAAUAAACAGGAAAUAUUUCCUGUUUAUUAUUUUCCCUCCAAGAGACAAGAAACUGCUCUGUACUGGUGUGUACUGGUGUGUACUGGUGUGUACUGGUGUGUACUGCUGUGUACUGCUGUGUACUGCUGUGUACUGCUGUGUACUGGUGUGUACUGGUGUGUACUGGUGUGUACUGCUGUGUACUGGUCUGUACUGGUGUGUACUGGUGUGUACUGCUGUGUACUGCUGUGUACUGGUGUGUACUGCUGUGUACUGGUCUGUACUGGUCUGUACUGCUGUGUACUGCUGUGUACUGCUGUGUACUGGUGUGUACUGGUGUGUACUGGUGUGUACUGGUCUGUACUGGUGUGUACUGCUGUGUACUGCUGUGUACUGCUGUGUACUGCUGUGUACUGGUGUGUACUGGUCUGUACUGCUGUGUACUGGUGUGUACUGGUGUGUACUGGUCUGUACUGGUGUGUACUGGUCUGUACUGGUCUGUACUGCUGUGUACUGGUGUGUACUGGUCUAUACUGGUCUGGGAGAACCCAUGAAUUGUUAUAAUUUAAUGGUUCAAUAAAGUUCUGUGAAUAAUUUGUAAUAAAUUAUGAAAUUAUAAAAAUAAAA